AUGGAAGGUCAUUUUAACCUUGUUAGUUGGCCUUACAGGAUCGUUGCUGGACGGCAGAUCGUCUUGAACGACGCGGUCAACAAUAUCAUCCACGCUGCAUGCUCUGAGCCAGAGACCAUGCGCCACCUGCUCAUCGAAUGCCCAUUCUCCAAGCAGGUUUGGCACAAAGUUCUGCCCUGGCUUCGGAUGACAUGUAGGCCCCCAAGCAACGCUGAUACUUCUCUGAUUGACUGGCUUGUCGCCCUGAAGCCUGCAACCCCGAAGCCAUCGCGCAAGGGCCUAGGCACCACUGCGCUGCUCAUGACGUGGAUGUUCUGGAAACACCGGAAUGCUUGUGUCUUUGAAGGGGCACGGCCCUCCUUCAGCAAUAUCAUGACCACGAUCAAGGACGAGGCAGCCCACUGGGCUCAGACCGCCGCACUUGGUUUGAGCGCGCCGACAACCUGGUCCUUUUUCUUUUCUAUGUUGUAA